GUAAAAUUCAAAUUAGUAAUAAAUAAAUUUUAAAUAUACUGCGCAUGAAAUAAAUAAAUUGUGUAUCGCGUUUCUAUAUAGUCAGCUAUAUACUUGGGUUCUUUCGCUUGGCAACAUGCCAUCACAUCCAUUCAACAAACAAACAAAGAAACAUCAUAAACAUUUGCAUUUUGGCGCGUGUUUCUAUUGCUGCUUCAACCACAUAUAUCCGCGAGUAAAUGGAAAAUAUUGAGUAUUUCUCAAGAGCAUUUUCGAGUGUGUAUUGAAAAAUACGAGAGAGAGAGACAGAGAGAAAGGGAGAGCAGAGCAGCAGAGCCUCAGUCUGGUCAAGGAACAGGCACGGCGUAGACAUCGCCACGUCACAUACCGCUCGUAAAUCCAAAAUAGUUUUUCAAACGCACAAAAAUUUACAGAAAUUAUUUAAAAAUCCAUUUAGACGAUUAGUCCAGGUCGCCAACUUGUAAAUCGUUUCGGGUCUUUGGCGGCAUGUUUAAAGUGUCGCAGGAGAUUCGUCUAAAUAUGAGCGCCGCGGGCGCCUUGGGGCAGGGGCUGGGCGAUGCCAGCGACGGCAACAGCCCGGAGAGCGUUUGUAUUUUUGGGCGAUACCAGCGCACGCCCGAUGCUGAUGCGUAUCCCACAGAGCCGCCGCGGGUCUACAUAGCGCCCGAGCUGACCGAUGCGAGUAAGGUGCAGCUGCUGCAUUUGCCCAGCGGCGCGGUGCGCAUCAAUUCCACGGUGAGCUUCAUCAUCAAGCGUAAUGGGGUGAAGGGCAAUUUUGAUGUGCGUCUCGAGAGUCCCAGUGGGCAGCAUGGAGCGCCAUUGCAGCUGACCCAAUUGGAUCCGGAACGCUUUCAGGUGCAAUGUCAGCUGCCGCAGGCGGGUCUCUAUAAGGUGCACAUCAAAUGCAAUUCCGUGCCGCUGCCCAAGUCGCCCUACAUUAUAGUCACCAUAGCAGGCGUGCCUCCAACUGAGGAUGGCGCUGAACCUGCCACAUGCAGCCCGUCAAUGCCCAUUUUCGAGUCGGACGCCAGCAAGGUGCAUAGUCGUGGACUGGGCCUAACCCAUGUCAAUCUUCUCGAGCGGAACGAGUUCACUGUGGAUGGCAGCGCUGCUGGCAGCAAUAUGCUGUUUGUGGGCAUACUGGGACCCCAAGGACCUUGCGAUGAGGUGCUGGUUAAGCACUUGGGUCGCCAUGUUUACCGUGUCAUGUACCAAGUUCGAGAGCCUGGCGACUACAUUCUGGUGGCCAAGUGGGGUGAGCAACACAUUCCAGGAUCUCCUUUUAGCCUCAUCGCCGAGUAGCUGUGCCUCAACAGAAAGUCGAUUUGGAGCCCAGAACUCUAUAUUUGGUAAUAUUCCUAAUGGAAUCUUAAGUCAAAGCAAUUUCUUAAAAAAAAUGCGGGUAAUAGAAACGAGUAGCCCCAUGUUUUUUUUCAAAAUUCUUUUGGUUCACAAAACUUGGUAUAUUUUCUAAACAAAAAUUUUUUUAUAUAUCAAGAUCAAAACGGCGCUUAGUAUAUAUUAAAAGAAGGAGAACUGGCAGAAUUGUAGGACUUUA